GAAAUACAUAAAAUAGGAGUAAAUAGAUGCUGCCGUUACUACAAGAUGAUUUGAGGCAGACGAACGUACUCAGCUGGUCAGAAUCUGACGUUAGCCUCUGGCUACAGCAUUUGAACUACUCUCAGCAUCUCCAUAUGUUUAAAGAAAAUGAAAUUACUGGCGAAGUUCUCGUGCAUCUCGACCAUGAGGCACUCAAAGACCUCGGUAUACAUUCAGUCGGGACACGCUUGAAUAUACUGCGGGAAAUCUACCAUCUCAAGGUAUACUUUGAUAUAUCGCUCGAGCCAGAGCAUUACGUACCACCGUCGGAAUUGAUAAACGAGACGAAAGCGAAAGUAAACGAGUACACGAAUCUGAUAUCGAAAGUCAUGAUACAGGAGGACAGACUGAAUGCCUUAGAGAGCGAUUACAGGCGGCUAUUUAAGACGUUUGAGGCGACCUACGAUGAGUUGAGCAGCAUAAAACACACCUCCUUAUCGAGUACCACUUCAGUCAAUACGAAUACAUCUAAUGCUUUGCAAUCUUUCAAGUCACCUGAUUAUGAACACCAAUUAUCUCCCACUGCAAUCACCGUCUCACCAGCUCCAAAUUCAGCCCCCGCAAAUACUAAUACGCAGGUUGAUUCUGCGAAAGAGGAAGAUAGUGAGGAUAAGCCAUCCAAUGGUCUCAUUAGGCAAGCAUCCCUUGGUGGUCUAUCCCGCGCAAAAUCAUACAAAGAUCAAGAAGGCAAAGCAAAAUCGAACGUUAAAGUUAAAUUGGAUGAUAGCUGCUGGAAAGUUUUACCAGCUGCACUUAGGAAAUACAAGAUUGACGAUGACUGGACUAAAUACGCAUUGUUUAUUUGCUAUGGUAAAACGGAGAGGUGUUUAUCAUAUGAUGAGCGUCCUUUGCAACUAUUCCAACGUCUAAAAGAGCAAGGUCAACAGCCCGUCUUUAUGCUGAGACAUGUCAAAGAACUGAGGUCGCCAAUUUCGAUUGCCUUGCAAAAGCAGCAAGCUAAACGAGAAGCAAACAGCUCGCUUACCCCACCACCUUCAAGUAGUCAACAGCAGUCUUCGCCUACGACAAAUAACGUAGCAAGCUUCCGUAACGGUAAAGCACUCGCGGAAGUUUGCGAUAGCGAUGAUAUAGAAGGCUAUGCAAUAGCAAUAUACCCAUACACAGCCGACAGAGAGGAUGAAUUCGAUGUCAACGUCAGUGAUCAAUUUGAGAUUGUGCAACGCGCCAAAGGAUGGUGGGUUGUCAGGAGGGAGUCUAUGAAUGAAGUUGGAUGGGUACCUACGGGAUGUUUAUUAGAGGUCUCAAAUCUAACCUCAAGUCCUAAUCAAAUCCAGAUAUUAAGUAAUAGUUAUGGUGCGACUGCCUUGAUGAAUUAUCAACCAAAUUCGAAAGAUGAAUGUGGAUUACAGAAGGAAGACAAGUUAAGAGUAUACAAGAAACAUAACCAUUGGUGUUACGUAGUCAAGGAUUCGAACGGAGAGCGCGGAUGGGCUCCUUCUUGGUAUAUAGGAAGCAACAAAUCACGUGAUACGAACUCUGCAAAUCAAGCUGGAUCUAGUCAAGGGAAUAUGCCCUUGUCUGCCGCGGGCGCGUUGACUGCAGAGAUAGACAAAGAGACAUCCUCGCCUUCAACGCCUGGUUAAAACAUUGUAGACUAAUUAUAUUUCCUAUUACAUUACAUUUC